CCAGCGGCUCGGCGGCAGGGGAGCGCCCUCUCCCGCGCCGUCGCCGUCUCCCGCGCCAGCUAGCGGCGCGCACGGGGCCAUUUGCAGCGCAGGCAGCCUCGAGAGCGGCCGCGGCGCCACGGCAGGGAGCGAGGCGGCACCAUGGAGCUGAAGAAGGACAGCAAUGCCGUGUCCAUCGAUAUGCUGCUGAUUGUGCACUCGGAGAAGCGGCGCGCCGCGCAGGGCACGCACUCGGACCCGCAGGCGGACCCGGGCGCGCUGCCGCAGCGCAGAGGAGGACUCCAGGGCGUCGGAAAUGGAAUCCGGAGAUGGCAGAGAUUCGAAGGAAAUGACGUGCAUGGAAGCUUGGCGGAGAAGCAGCAUCCACAGCAGACCCAGGUCAUCACGUCCUACGACAACCAAGGGACACAGCUGACUGUGGAGGUCCACCCUCGAGACGCCAUGCCCCAGCUGCUCAAGAAGUUCUCCUUGGCUAAACGUUUACAAAGUGAUAAAAAUGGAAACACAAGACCCCGGCAGCCUGGAACGAAAGAUGCCCACGCCUACCCCUGGGAUCGGUCCAGCCUGAAAUCCAUGCCCCUGGACCUGCGGCAGUUUGAGAAACUGGACACCUAUGCCUCACAGGUGACGGUCAAGAGUGGCCUGGACGAGCUGGUGAGCGACCUGCUCCAGGAGGCCCACAGUGACCUGGAGAGGGUCCGAGUGAUCUGGAUCUGGAUCUGCCACCACAUAGAGUAUGACGUCGAGGCCACCCAGGAGAAGGACCGCCAGGGCUUCAAGCCCACAGACAUCCUGCGGACCCAGAAGACCAACUGUGAUGGCUACGCUGGACUCUUUGAGAAAAUGUGCAGGAUCGCUGGAGUGCAGUGCAUGACUGUGCCUGGCUACUCCAAGGGCUUUGGCUACCAGAUGGGGCAGAGCUUCUCAGGGGAGUUUGACCAUGCCUGGAAUGCUGUGUACCUGGAGGGGAGAUGGCACCUGGUGGACAGCACCUGGGGCAGUGGCCUGGUGGAUUCUAGCACCUCCAAAUUCACCUUCCUCUACAAUGAAUUCUACUUCCUCACCCACCCUGCGCUGUUCAUCGAGGACCACUUCCCAGACAACAAGAACUGGCAACUGCUAAAGCCACCUCAAUCCCUGAGGCAGUUUGAGAGCAACAUGUAUCACAAGAGUGAAUUCUACAACAAGGGGAUGCUGAGCGCGCACCCAGAGACUUCUAUCCUCAGAACAGUGAACGGGAAGGCCACCAUCACCAUUGAGAGCCGCGCCCCGACACUCUUCAUGUUCAUGCUCAACGGCAAGCAGGAACAUGGGCUGCUGAGCCUCCGGAAGAACGGGAUGAAGCUGGACAUAUACCCUCCGGCGGUGGGCACCCACAAGCUGCAGAUCUUUGCCAAGGGCAACUCCGACGUCUACAGCUCGGUGCUGGAGUACACCCUCAAGUGCAACUACGUGGACCUCAGUGUCCGGCUGCCGGCCGAGCUGCACCAGCCCGUGGGCCCCAGCUGGUUCUCAGAGCAGAUGGGCAUUGUGAAGCCCUCCCACCCUGACCCCAUCAUCCACACCAGUGACGGGCGCUGCUCUGUCAGCUUCGGUGUGGAGGAGGGCAUCAGCGUCCUGGCUUCCCUGCACGGGGACGAAGGCCCCAUCACCGAGGAGACGCAGCGACGCUACAUCUUCCAGCUGCAGCGGGAGAAGCGGGCCGAGCUGAAGGUCCAGCUGCCCCAGGCGGGCAAGUUUGCCCUCAAGAUCUUUGUCAAGAAGAGGCUGGAGCCAGGCAACUACGUCUUCGUCUUCAAUUACCUCCUGUGCUGCACCAACACCAAAGUGAACUGGCCCAUGUUCCCCGAGAGCUUUGGCAACUGGGGGCAGGACAAUGAACUGCUGGAGCCUCUGUCAGGCGUGCUUCCCGCCAACCGGGACGUCUCGUUCAAACUGAAGCUCCACGGGGUUGCCAAAGCCCUGGUGAAGGGGCAGGACACGUGGCCCCUGACCCUGAAUCAAGAGGGCUACUGGGAGGGCAGCUGCAGCACGGCCGGCUGCCGCGAGAUCUACGUCAUGGUGCUGGAGAACGCCAACCACAACUUCUACUCCUACAUCCUGAAGUACAAAGUGAACGCACAGUGAGGUCUGGCGCCCCGGCCACCCACUCCACCCCUUCCCAGAGGGCCGAGCCCAUACUUGCCCAGGGAGGGCCCGACGGAGGUGCAGAGAGCCCUGGACGCCGCUGAGCCUGCAUGAAACCACUUCAAGGCCUCUGCCUCAGUCUCUCCACUCGGCCACGGAGGCGGGGAUGUUGGGCAUCCCAUGGCUUCACUUGGCUGUGGCCGUGGCUGAGGGGACGGAGGCACAGGCCCUUUAGAAGAAAAAGGUGCUAUGUAAAUCCAAGGUAUUGUGAACCAUACACCACGCACAGAUGCCCCCUUCUCGUGUUAAUGCUCUUGUUGUUUUUAUAGGGUUGAUGUGGGAAAGCAGGGAGGUUGCCUUGGCAGAAAGCUUUUCACGCGACGGUGAGAGAAUUGUCCUCCAUGCCCAAGAGAGACCGGUCUGCAAGGCUGAGUCACCCUGAAUGAAUCACAGAGCCCCUUUCAGGUAGCCUCAGCGUCUCUCACGGAUUCCUGGACCCCAGGGAGUGUCGGACUACCAUUUUUUUCCCCCAGGCCUGACCAUCUUCUGCAUUCCCGCUGCCUCUUGCUCUUUAAGAGCCCUAGAGGAAGGAAGGUCGGAAGAGGAAUCUCGCCAGCCCGCGUCUGGCUGGAGGCUCCACAGUCCCAGAAACACUGAGAAUGUGGCAAUAGAAGAGUCAGAAGGGGGCUCCCAGGGCCCACUCUUGGGUGCCCUGGGUGGAGGGCCAGAGGGCGGGGGACACCCCAGCAGUCCCAUCCCCUGAAUGUGAGAGUGCGAGGCCUCUGACUCAGGGCUCUCAGAAGCGCCCGCAGUCCGGCUCAGUCUAGUGAGUCGGUGGCCCUCCAGGCCCUCUCAGAGGCUGGGCUUCCUUCAGGCCCUGGCCUGCACUUGCAUGGGUUGCUUCAAGAGGCUGCUAGGCCCUUGGGGGGAGGGGGGUCUUGUUGAUAACCCUAAAUCAAGACCUGGGCAGGGAGGCCAGGCAGGGAGUAGAGCAAAUACCACAGUGUCAAGAAGACUCAUGAGCUAACAGGGCUCUACCGACCCCCAAGGGUCCCCACCAGCAAAGCCCACACAGGGACCUCCACCUGCUCUGGGAGCUGUUUUGGGGCUUGUCUGCAUCCCAUCUCCCUUCUGGCCUUUUUCUGCCAUGAAUGACCCCUGGGGUCCUGCCUUCCACGCCACCUUCUCUAUCCCUAGGAGCCUCAGCUGCCCAGCGGCCCUCAGCAGCACCUCAGGCCCAUGUUGCCGUGGCAACGGCGGCAAGGCUGGCUCCUUCCUGCAAGGGCAAGGGAGAAGGAAGGAGGGAGAGGCCCUGUGUGGCCAUGGCAGCACCCUCCCAGCACGAGGAGCCCCUGCCGGGGCUCCCUGCCUCCUGGCUUGUCAGCUUGGCGGCCCCCCUCCAGUCUCAGUGCCCUCACCCUGAGAACUGGCCCUGCCCAGUGCCCCUCCCCCUCAACUACUCUUCUGCAUGUCCUCGGAUCAGCGACAGCCAAGCCAGCCAGACGCCCAUGCCUCCCUCCCUGCCAUCAUCCUCACAUUUGUGUAUUCAGCAGAGGUUCACGGGGCACUUCAUAAGCACCAGGCUCCAUGUGAGAUGCUGUGGUAACAGAGGGAACCAAGGGGGUCCUGCCCCUGCCAUCUCAGAGCUCAGGGUGAGUGGCAGCAGCCUCCCCCAAAGAGGCCUGCCUAAAUUUCCAGGCUCCCAAAACUUCAUCACCUCCCCAAAGGUCCCCACUGCCACCCAACUUGGACCUGACCUUGAGCCAUGUGACAGGGAUGCCCAGCCCUCACCAGGUGGGAGGCCCUAGAACACAAGGGCAGCACACCAUGGGGGUCUGCGCUCUCCCCUGGCCUGUGUCCUGUGCCCCCUGGCAGGCUCUGCCACCCAAGCCUUUGGCACUGUUGUCACUCACGCCUGGAAAAUGAACAAAGGCCCCCAAGGCAGAACCACUGUGCAGUAACCACAACGGGAAAACAAGGGGAGUUCUAACACCCUGAAAACAGCCUUUUUUCACACCUUUGAUUUUAUGGGCUGAAAGAAAUGUGCUGUGUUUUAUCCAAAUAACAAGUGCCUUCUAUGACUCAUGUGACUCCCUGGACCCAGAACCGUGGCUAGUCCUGAUGAGGACAACAUGUACCUUUUUAAAAAUAAUAUAACUAAUCAGUACAUUCUGGAGCGGGCAGAGGAUGCUACCCGGCACAACGGGAGCUGCCCCAGAAAGACCAGGCCCAACCUCUCCAAAGGUCUGCAGAGCAACGGGGAACCCCUCCCUCUGUGUUAACCUCCCCCCCCCACCUUGUAAAGACAGCUGUAGGCACUGUCAGAAAUCACCUGAAUUUCUUUCCACCGAAGUAAAAAUACAUGGAAUGAAAUCCAAUCUUCAUGAAUUUUUACGCGCAUGCUGCUCAGGAUAGAAUUCAGGGUUGCAUUUUGAAGCCUUUUAUUCAAAUCCCCAUCUUUGUUUCCUGGUACCCGAGUCCCGGCGUCUGGUGGAAUGGCACGGGCGCCCCCUGGUGCCCAUAGCGUGGAGCUGCCGGCGAGCGAAACCGAGGCCGAGCGGAUCGCCUGGGUUUUUAGGCAGAAUCUGAAAUUCGCUGCUGAGACGUUUAUGUUCAGUUCACUGGGUGUUUCCUCAUGUACACCACGGAGCACAUCUUUGCCACGCGCAAGCCGUGAGGCGAGCUCGGGGCCUGCCUGGCAGGGUGAGAAGACACGGCAUGUAAUACUGGGGGGUGUUUUCCGGAGAAAUCACGUGUUGAAAUGGAAACGCUGGAUAUGGGACCGGAAAGGACCGCUCUGACCGCACUCGUUACUACGCUGGUGAAGGACCGAGACUGAUCACACUCAGGGCUUUGGCCACAGGCAGAAGGGUGCAGAAGAUCGGGGAGGGUGUGGGAGUGGGGGGCAAAUGGGCUACAACCACAAUGGCAAUUAACUCCUUUCAGUGUGCCAGCAGCACAGCUGGACGCCGUUUCAAUCUGAUUAUGGUCAUUGUGAGUUCCCCAUAUGCUGCACUGCCCCACCCAGACAGACUCCUCAUGGCCUGCGGAGAUUAAAAGGAAAUAAAUAGAUUAACUGAAGCAUGAAGGAUUUAGGCUAGACAUAAAAAACUAUUUCCUGUUUUCAAGCAGGAGCGGCAAGGUGCCAAGAAAGUUUGUGAAAAAUCCUCUUCUCAAAGGACUCUGAAAACUGGAAAAGUUUUCCCAGUAGGCUGGGUUUUAGAUGCUAGGCUAACUGGAAGGACUAAAUUCUCUCUAAACCCGUUAAUCCUUCAAGUACACUAGAUGGUCCCCAACAAACACAAAGUGAACAGUAUUGAUUGCCACAUCGUUCGCUGUUAGUAGUGUGUUCAGGGGUGGGGUGUGUGUGUCUGUGUCCCACAUCAGUUUCUAUGGGGUCUAUCAUUUCUUUUCAUUGGAAAGAAGUAGCCAGAAAUCUUAAGAGCUGAUUACUUUUCAUAACAUGUGUGUUGAGUUGUGUGGGCCAGUGGCUGUUGAGUAGGCUUUCCCCACAUUGUUGCUGGUGUUGUUUUUCAAUAAAAUUUAUAUUCAUUUUUACCCAACAAUGUAAUUAUCGAUCCGUUCUUAUCACUACUCUCACGGGGGGGGGGGGGGGGGGGGGGGCAGAAUAGGAAAAAACACUUUCCUGUUCAAAGGGAGCCCUAGGGGGAAAAAAAAAAUAAAUGUCCCAGCCAUUUGAAUGUGAUGGGAAGAUGCAAAUGGAAUGUCAGGUAAAUAGCUAUUUCACAUUAAAGAAAACAUAAUUAGGUUAGCUCAGCCCCUCUCUGGCUCACAUGCCUUUGAAGAACAUGAAGGCAGUGUUUCUUUCAUUGAAUCUUGUUUAACUUGAAAUUUUUCAAGUCAAUCCU